UUUAGUCGUAUCGUUUUCAAGAAGAGCUCCAGCCGCGCAAACGAUCUCAGGGUUUCGAACUUGGCGGGCUGUCUUCCAGCACAAGAUCGUUUUCUUUACCCCAAAACUCUAAACCCUUCCCAUCCCUAAUCUCCUCCCUCUCGUCUUCUCGAUGCUAAAACCCCAUCGGCAACUCCAUCAGAUCCUCACGAUGCGAGCUCUUUGCAGUCUCCUCCACCACAAGAAUCUCCUGAGUCUUUCAACGGCCAAAUCCCUCUCAAAUUCUGGGUUCCUCUUCCCGAAUCCCAAGGAAAAGUCGAGUUCUUUUCACCGAUCAAUCUACUCGGUUCGGAGAUUCGUCCACGAUGGGAAUCGAAGCUGGGAGGAAGAAUAUACGGUUUCGUCCAGCUUUGGAGACCCCGGAGAAAGCCCUAGAGCCUGGACGUCAUACGAUCCCUUCACCGAUCAGCUUGAAUCUAGGGGAGAUGGAGCCAGCGAUCAAGAAGAGGAAUCGACAGCAAGAUUUAGGGCAGGCAAGUCGGCCAAGAAGACAUUUUCUGCAAAGGAGAGGUAUUCGGAAGGGGUUUCGAAUGAGCGGGAGGAUGGACCCGGGGUCAGGACGUUCUUUGAUCCCCUGGAGGAACAGCUUGUAACAAGGGUGGCGGAAGAGGAUGAUAGUCCAGAAGAGAAGAGAUCCAAGACCGAGAAGGUGGUGCAGAAGAGAGUCUUGAAGAAAGAAAAGAAGUCGGAAGAGGAUUCGAGCGAGGGGGAUGAGAGGAAUAGGGUUUCUUUGGGCUCCAGUUCACAGUCCUGGUCAUCUAUUGUGAGAAGGAGAAUGGGGAAGGCCAAGGCCUCUUGGCUUUGUGAUAACUGUGGAGCUAAAUAUGGGCAGUGGUGGGGGACCUGCCCCUCUUGCCAGACCAUGGGCUCGGUGAAGAAUUUCUUGGAGCCCGAACUCAAUAGGUCCAGGGGGACUGAAGUUUCUGAAGCAGCAGUAAGGUCCUGGCUUCUGCAGCAGCCGAGCCAGUUGACUCCUAAGAGCUUGGCUGAUGUCAAUGCUGGGAGGAACGAAUCAGAGUGGCGAAUCCCCCUAUCUGGACACUUUGGGAUGGAGGUUGCUAGGGUUCUUGGUGGUGGCAUUGUACCAGGUUCCUUGGUUUUAGUUGGUGGGGACCCUGGUGUUGGCAAAAGUACAUUAUUAUUACAGAUUGCUGCUAUUGUAGCUCAAGGAUGCAUUUUUAAGGGGCCUGCUCCAGUUGUAUACGUCUCUGGUGAGGAGAGUAUUGAACAAAUUGGGAACAGGGCUUACCGCAUGGGAAUCACAACAGAAGACCUCUACUUGUACUCGAGUACAGAUAUUGAGGACAUCUUGCAUAAAAUCCAAAAACUCUCUCCUCAAGCUCUUAUCGUGGAUUCUAUUCAAACUGUUUACUUGAGCGGAAUUGCUGGAAGUGCUGGAAAUGUUAUGCAGGUUAAGGAAUGCACCUCAGCCUUGUUACGAUUUGCUAAGCAGACAAAUAUUCCUGUUCUCCUGAUUGGACACGUUACAAAAUCAGGAGAUAUCGCUGGACCUCGUAUUUUGGAGCAUAUUGUGGAUGCUGUUUUAUAUAUGGAGGGGGAGAGGUACUCAUCCUAUCGGUUGUUGCGAUCUGUGAAGAACCGCUUUGGUUCAACAGAUGAGCUUGGGGUGUUUGAAAUGUCUGAGUCUGGUCUGCAAGUUGUCUCAAAUCCCAGUGAAAUGUUCUUAAGCGAGCAUAACUUUGAUUCUGAGAUCUUAGCUGGCCUUGCAGUUGCCGUGAUUGUAGAUGGUUCUCGGGCUUUUCUUGUUGAAAUUCAGGCGUUAUGUGUAUCUGGCUCAUCGGUCACAAGGCAUGUUAAUGGGUUACAAGAAAACAGAGCUGGCAUGAUAAUUUCUGUCCUUAUGAAGCAGGCAGGUCUAAAGCUGCAAGAUAAUGCCAUCUUUAUAAAUGUUGUUAGCGGAUUUAAGUUGACAGAGACUGCAGGAGAUCUUGCAGUAGCAGCUGCAAUUUGCAGCAG